ACGGGACUGAAGCAGAGAGUCCGUGAUAGAGGAACCACCUGCAGAAAGCAGCCGCACUCAUUCUCUUGGAACGCCUUCAAUAUGUUACGGAUUUGAGAGAACACUGUGUAAACGAGAAAUAGUUCCUUUAUACAGUGGAUGAAGACACGUUGUCGUGGAGAUGCAACAGUUGAAGAAUUUAGCGAUUUGUCUCAUUUCCCUAGUAUGUGGGUUGACGAUUGGAGGGUCUCCGAGUGUUCAAAUUGGGGGUUUGUUUCCGAGGGGAGCUGAUCAGGAGUACAGUGCUUUUCGGAUAGGGAUGGUUCAGUUCGGAACGGCUGAAUUUAGACUGACGCCUCACAUCGACAAUCUGGAAGUAGCGAACAGUUUCGCUGUAACUAACUGCUUCUGUUCUCAGUUCUCAAGGGGAGUUUAUGCUAUUUUUGGAUUUUACGACAAGAAGUCAGUGAACACAAUAACAUCAUUCUGUGGGACACUUCAUGUCUCCUUCAUCACACCGAGCUUUCCCCUGGACAGAAAUCAGCAGUUUAUCAUUCAGAUGCGACCAGACAUCAAAGGACCUCUCCUGAGUCUGAUAGAGUACUACAAGUGGGACAAGUUUGCCUACCUUUACGACAGUGAUAGAGGACUUACCACACUCCAAGUUGUGCUGGACACAGCGGCAGAGAAGAAAUGGCAGGUGACUGCCAUCAAUGUGGGUAACAUGAAGGAUGAGAGAAAGGAUGAGGCAUAUCGCUCACUCUUUCAGGACCUGGAAACCAAGAAGGAGCGGCGGGUCAUCCUUGACUGUGAGCAGGACAAGGUUAAAGACAUAAUGGAACAGGUUAUAACUAUUGGCAGGCAUGUAAAGGGAUAUCAUUACAUCAUAGCAAACCUGGGAUUUGUGGAUGGGGAUCUUUCAAAAAUUCAGUAUGGUGGAGCCAAUGUGUCAGGCUUUCAAAUUGUCGAUUUUGAUGACCCCCUGGUGUCCAAAUUUGACCAGCGCUGGGAAGCUCUAGAAGAAAAAGAAUAUCCUGGAGCUGACAGCAAGAUAAGGUAUACUUCAGCUCUGACCUAUGAUGCAGUACAAGUGAUGACUGAGGCCUUCCGCUACCUGCACAAACAGCGAAUUGACAUCUCCCGCAGAGCUAAUAAUGGUGACUGCCUGGCCAAUCCUGCUGUACCAUGGGCUCAGGGGGUGGAGAUAGAACGUGCCCUAAAACAGGUGAGAGUUGAUGGUCUCACGGGUAACAUUCAAUUUGACCAAUAUGGAAAGAGGGUGAAUUACACUGUCAAUGUCAUGGAACUGAAAAACAAUGGUCCAGUUAAGAUUGGCUAUUGGAAUGAAGUGGAUAAAAUGGUCGUGACAAAGUCUGAUCUCUUUCCAAAUGAUACAAUGGGGCUGGAAAACAAGACUGUGAUAGUCACCACCAUUCUUGAAGCACCAUAUGUAAUGCUGAAGAAGAAUGCUGACCUUUUUCUGGAUAAUGACAGAUAUGAGGGCUACUGUGUAGACUUGGCAGCUGAAAUUGCCAAGCACUGUGUAUUUAAAUAUCAGCUAAAAAUAGUAGGAGAUGGCAAAUAUGGAGCUAGAGAUGCAGAGACAAAAAUCUGGAAUGGUAUGGUUGGAGAGUUAGUUUACGGGAAAGCUGACAUAGCAGUGGCUCCUUUGACUAUCACAUUAGUCAGAGAAGAAGUCAUUGACUUCUCAAAACCAUUCAUGAGCCUGGGAAUCUCCAUCAUGAUUAAGAAACCUCAGAAGUCCAAGCCUGGUGUGUUCUCCUUCCUGGACCCACUUGCCUAUGAGAUCUGGAUGUGUAUUGUUUUUGCCUACAUUGGUGUGAGUGUGGUGCUCUUCCUGGUCAGUCGUUUCAGCCCGUAUGAGUGGCACACAGAAGAAUAUGAGGAUGGCCAGAUUCAGACCAAUGAGUCAACCAAUGAGUUUGGGAUUUUCAACAGCCUUUGGUUCUCUCUUGGAGCUUUUAUGAGACAAGGAUGUGAUAUUUCACCAAGGUCUCUUUCUGGCCGCAUAGUUGGUGGAGUCUGGUGGUUUUUCACCCUGAUCAUAAUUUCAUCCUACACAGCUAACUUGGCUGCCUUUCUAACAGUUGAGAGGAUGGUGUCUCCAAUUGAGAGUGCAGAGGAUUUAGCAAAGCAAACAGAGAUUGCUUAUGGAACUUUAGAUUCUGGUUCAACAAAAGAGUUUUUCAGGCGUUCCAAAAUUGCUCUUUUUGACAAAAUGUGGACAUACAUGAAAAGUGCGGAACCCUCCGUGUUCGUUAAGACAACAGCAGAGGGAGUAAUGCGGGUAAGGAAAUCCAAAGGGAAGUACGCAUACCUGCUGGAAUCCACGAUGAACGAGUACAUCGAGCAGCGCAAGCCCUGUGACACUAUGAAGGUCGGAGGGAACCUGGACUCCAAAGGCUAUGGCAUCGCCACCCCCAAAGGAUCCUCAUUAAGAAAUGCGGUUAACCUCGCAGUACUAAAACUGAAUGAACAAGGCCUGUUGGACAAAUUGAAAAACAAAUGGUGGUACGACAAGGGAGAGUGCGGCAGCGGGGGAGGUGAUUCCAAGGAGAAGACCAGUGCUCUCAGCCUGAGCAAUGUAGCUGGGGUCUUCUACAUCCUAGUGGGUGGCCUGGGCUUGGCCAUGCUGGUGGCUCUGGUCGAGUUCUGUUACAAGUCCCGAGCUGAGGCCAAGCGCAUGAAGGUGGCAAAGAAUGCACAGAACAUUAAUCCCCCUUCUUCGCAGAAUUCACAGAAUUUUGCCACUUAUAAGGAAGGGUACAACGUGACCUUCUCAGAUGCCAUGAGGAGCAAAGCAAGGUUGUCUAUAACUGGGAGUACUGGUGAGAAUGGACGUGUGAUGAGUCCUGAGUUCCCCAAAGCAGUACAUGCGGUGCCCUUUGUUAGACCUGGUGUGGGAAUGAACGUUAGUCUGACUGAUCUCUCCUGAUGGAUAAGAACCUGCUGAGUGCCUUACACAAUGGUUUUCAAUAGAGCGUGUUCUAUUCUCUUUCCUGUCUAUCUCUCACCUUUCUUUUUGGCUGAAUGGAGGAUGGAGGCCUCAUUUGAUGUCAUAGAGACAUAAUCCUUUCUAGGCCCUUUAUAACAAAAGAUGCACUCUUGUAUUGGAAUUGCACCAACUAACACAAAGACAGUCACUUGCUGUGCUGGUGACAUAUAUCUCCCUGUAAUGGAUAUUUUUGACAACAAACAUGACUAACGUGAAACUCACAGAAGCUCUGUGAAAUGCUGUGAGCAAGAAAAAGAGAAGGUAAUAACAUAAUAAUGUAUGUUUUCAUAGCUGACACUAUUUCGGCUCGAGCACACUUUACAUUGUCUGCAUCAGGAUGUGAAAUAUCUUUUUAUUAAUAAAACAAGCAAAAAUCUCUUAUCAAAAAGUAUUUUUAUGUAUUUUCACACAAAUGGCUUUUAAAUAAAUCUGCUUACAUUACCAGUUAAGUAAACCUGUAAAUCAUAAUCUUGAUAUACUUUCAAGAAUUUAGCUACUAGUUUAACAUUUUAAUGCCAAAUAUGUUGCUUAUCUUGUAAUUUAUUAGUCCUCUAAAGUUUCUGAUACAUUCAUUAACAUUUUGGUGUUAAUAUGAAAUAUCUAGCAAUGCUUGACAUUUGAAAAGUGGGUGCUGCAGUACCUUCAUUAACUUGUUUGGUUUUAAGAAUCUGUUUGUAUUUUUGUUGAUCAAAAAUCAGGGUAGCAGUUAUAACAUUAAAACGAUGUUUACAAUGUGAACAUGACAAAAAAGGAAAAAAAAGAUUUAAAAAAAGAAAAGUACCUAUUGUAUUAUUACAUAUGUUUUGCUGUAAAAUGAAUAGAAGUAUACACAUCAACAAAAUGCUCUGUUAAAAAAAGCCAAAUAAUUGUGCCAAAAUUACUGAUAAAUAUAGUCAUAUAUUAAUCUGUCAUCAUUGUGAAUGUAGUCAAUACAUUCUGUAAGUUUUGUUACUAAAUGUACAGUUAGAUGGUAUACACAGUGAUUUAUCAAUGCUUUUAUUUAUUAUGAUUAUUUUUAUGAUUUGCUUAUAGCCAUGUUAGCACUAGCAUCACAAAGAGACAUUAUAUGGCUUUUCAUUUUCACUCUAGAAUUUGUUUGCAUUUUUAUAGUAAUAUGGAAGAGCAUCCAGUUUAAAUAUAUUCUUACAAGGCCAAAGCAUCUGUGCUUAUUCUUCAGUAUUUACAGACAGUAUUUAGGAUACCAUAAGGGACACAACAACAUUUUGUUCCAUAAUGACCACAGUUUAUAACUCAGUAUGUGUUACAAAAACAAUGACAAAUAGUUAAUACUUGACACCGCAAUAAGAUAAAAAAAUAAAAAUAAAAAGAUGUUCCCUGCAGACAGAAUACAUUUGUACACACAGAUAACUGUCAAAAUGUACAAUUUUGUAAAUUUUAUUUGUCAUUUUUUUCUCUCUUCAACCUUUUCUUCUUCAGCUCUUCUCUGGAAAGUUUUUCUUGCAUCCUAGACAGGGGGCAGAUACUGGGUAUCACUUUCAGUUUUGUCAUAAUAUACUUUAUAUAAGUUGAACAAGUCCAUGUAAUUUUAAGGACCGCUCUCUGUACCAUUUUGUAAAUGAAUGUGUGCCAACUUGUUUAUUUUUUGGGAUCCUUUCUAAAUAAAUCUGACUA